CCACGGCAUGCUGUUAUCGAUGAUAGUGGCCAUAUCUUAGGAUUUUGUGUGAUUAAUCCUCUGAUAUUUCAUUAUUUUCCGCGGAUAUUUUCCGAAUCUAAAAGUUUAUCCACAGCUUGGACAAUGGAAGCGAGCCGUAAAAAAGAACCUCUGGCACUUUUAUCAAGGAACAACGCGAAAACUUUACUAGUGCGAAAUGCAAUCAAUCAAGCGACACUACAGAAAGAGGCUCAACUACUGCAGAAAGAGAGAAACUCAGGAGAAAGAUUAUUUCUCAAGAAAAAGAAGCAUAUUUUACAAAGGCAGUCAAGGAUCAUUUCAGAAAUGGGGCAUCAAAGGCCGGUUUCUUCUUGCAGCUUACAAAUGGAAAAUGCAGUCACGAGAUGGAACAGCGAAACAAAUUUGGCCGGAGUACUGACUCCUCAACCAAGAAGGAAAGAGAUUGAUGGAAAUAACAAAAGACGACUCGCGUCUUCUUCGUUUUCUUCAUCCGAUUUCGAAGGAGAUGACAAUGAGUCCACACCUCGGCCGAGAAGAAAUACGUUCUCAUCUUUGUCUCGCAGCAAUUCGGUGAUUUGUCUCCCAGAUAUACGUGCCACCUCGGCUGGAUUAACGGGAGAAAAGAAAAAUAUUGAAAAAAAGCGUCUUUGGCGGCCGCCUAACAAUGGGAAGACUGCAGAGGCUGUUUGUGCUCUCGAUGAAUGGAAAGAGCUGCGAAAUUGUCGAUAUCUCCGCGCGUGUUCACCAGAGUAAGAACUAGAUGGAUGGCACGUGACGCGUCGCGUGAUAACGAGCGCUUAACGAAAAACUCCGGAAAGACAGUAUUCUUAGAGAACUUGAACUAGAAGGUUGGUCAUAUUUUCAAGUCGACAGGGAGGUUAAUUUUGCAAAACUAUCAAAUGCUCCCAUCGAGAGGAUCCGUGUCACACGCAGACCGGCGAUUUGAGAAAAAAAUGGAAUUGUUAAUAAUUUGCAGUCUGCUUUUGAAGCCAGUGGUAUUUUUUUUUUAAAGUUAACAACCACUUUCAGUUUGUAACAAGGCAUGUUUCGAUCGUUCAACGAUCGUCAUCAGUUGAGAGUUCGUUUGCAGCUGUAAAUUUAGUGCAACUGUUAUGUAAUAGGGUUGUGUUCCGUCGCUUGUUUGAAUUGUGUCCUCAAAUCGAAUUUUGUGCUUCCUUGUACAAAUGAUUUCAAGUAAGGUCCUCUCAAGAGCCAUUCAUGCAGUGUAGUCUCAGCACGUUAUACAGAAAUAAGCGAUUUCUCAGUUCGUAUCAGUUCAUCCCAUUUUUAAAUUGCUGCAGAUUGUUGUUUCAAAUACAAACAAACACCAAGAGGUCUCUAAUUUACAAACUGUUGUUUAAUGGAGAUCAUUAAUAUCAGAGUGUAUUGUGCUCAUAUCUGAGUAUUCCAUUGAAUCGGAUCUAAGGACAUCCGCUAACGAUAUUUGCCCACCAGAUUUACAUUUAAUUAGCAGACAGUUGACGUUGCUUGCUUGCUAUUUUAAAAGUUUUACAAUUUGUCUAUAAAAUCCUUUUUUAAUAAUUACGAAAUAUAAUUUACAAUUUGGGCAAGAAAUUUCCACUGAUUCUAUGUUCUCACGCCAAUAUCUGCACCUGUAGUUUGGAGAGUUUCAAUCAAGUCGGUUUCCUUUGUAUAAUUUGUUAACAUAACGAAGAGGAGGUUACAACUAGUUUAAAGCCCAUAGUUCAUCGAAGCUAGCAAUUUGGGAUCAGCAACGCAUAGCAGUCUCUGACCAAUAGAAUGUUUGCGGCAAAGUUUGUAGAUACAAGAAUCCUUUACUCCGACCACUCACCGUAAACGAUCAUUUGUUCCUAAAAUAAAUAUCAUAUAAAACUGAACUAAAUAGUUGACACUACAGCAGCCCUGGUUUUACGAUUAAAAUUUUAGUUUGCAUUUGUUUCCUCAUGUAUGAUUAUCUUCUUAUUGAUUUCUUUCUUUAUAUGACAUGAGCGGUAAGUUAAGCAUACCGCUCACAUUUCAUUCUUUUUUUUACUCCUUGUUCACUUUUAAAAAGGCCAGUCUUCCUACUUGAAACAGUUUGCUUCCUUGCACGCGUCUUAUCUGAAAUUAGGAGAUACCACAAUUUACCUCGGGAGCAAUUAUAUAAGCACGACAACUUAUGAAACGAUUAAACAUAGGACACAAUUACCCGUUUAGUCAUCAUUACUCAUUUUAUUCUUGCGGGCGUUUAAAGAUGAAACGUCAUCAUUACCCAACGAUUCCUUGCGUUCGUUCAGCGAUGAAACGUCAUCGUUACCCAACGAUUCCUAGACUACGAGUAGUCCCUCUUCCGCUUAGUCCGUCAUGCGUUACGCGAAAGAAAACUGCGAGAAAAACAUCGCCGCAAAAAAACUCGUAGACGAUUCCGUAUGGACUUUCAGUGAUGAAACGUCAUCAUUACCCGUCAAUUCCGUGCGGGCGUUCAGUGAUGAAACGUCACCGUUACCCAAUGAUUCCGUGCGGGCGUUCAGUGAUGAAACGUCAUCAUUACCCGACAAUUCCGUGCGGGCAUUCAGUGAUGAAACGUCAUCAUUGCCCGACGAACUAUAUGAACUGUAUAUCCUGACUGUAGAUUAACCUUUAUACCUUAUUUCCUUCAUAUGCCUCUGUAUCCUUUAUAUAUAAGCGCAACCUUGAAUUAUUGCCUCCUCGGCGAAAGCUAUUAAGCGUUUAAUCUAAAGGCUUGUUGUUUGCUCUUUGCGGUUAUAUUAAACGUUUCGUGAUUUCCCUUUAUUUAUCCAAUGCUAGCCUUUGAUGCAACUGUAUACUUGUGCUGCCAGACCAUUGGUGAUCGUGUCUCAAAUCUGGCCGGGAAUAGGUGGAAAUAAUGACAUCAGGCAAAUCUGUAAAAGAGCGACUCAAUCAUACAAUACAAAGAUCAAUGCUUCUGGCAUGUUAACCCUUUGAAUACCAACUACGCAUAUAUGCGUAAUUAAUGGUCGUACCCUUUGCACCA